CGGGAGCCGGCGUCUGCGUCCGGGAGCACUGGGGCCGAGCCGCGGAGCCGGCUUCUGGCGUAGCGACUCGGGAAGCCCGGGUCUGCUCGGCUCCGGCUGUCUCCUCGCGCGGAGUCCUCCGAGGCAGGGUCCGGGCUCCAGCCACUCUGGGGGCAUGACCAUGGCUUCCGGCCCGGGCUCCCAGGAGCCCGACGGGCUCCUGAUCGUGAAGCUGGAGGAGGACUGCGCCUGGAGCCAGGAGCUGCCACCUCCGCCCGACCCUGGCCCGAGCCCCGAGGCCUCCCACCAGCGUUUCAGACGCUUCCGCUUCCAAGAGGCCGCCGGUCCCCGGGAGGCCCUCAGGCAGCUGCAGGAGCUUUGCCAUGGGUGGCUGCGGCCGGAGAUGCGCACCAAGGAGCAGAUUCUGGAGCUGCUGGUGCUGGAGCAGUUCCUGACCAUCCUGCCCCAGGAGAUCCAGAGCAGGGUCCAGGAGCUGCGUCCCGAGAGCGGCGAAGAAGCGGUGACCCUGGUGGAGGGUAUGCUGAGAGAGCUGGGGAGACUGAAGCAACAGUUGCCUGAGAGCUUUGAGGACAUGGCAGUGUACAUCUCCCAGGAGUGGGGACAUCAGGAUCCUAGUAAAAGAGGUCUCUCCAGGGACACAGUACAAGAAAGUUAUGAGAACGUGGACACAAUGGAAUCUUGCAUUCCCAGUCAGGAGGUCCUAAGCACCCAGGUGGAACAAGGAGGGAAGCCGUGGAAUCCUAUUGUCCAGAACUGCAAGGAGGGUGUGAGUCCCAGAAAUCCAACUCCAGGAGUAGAGAAAUUUGAAAAUCCAGGAGGAAGUAUUCAAUCUGUUUGCCCUGAAAAUAUCCAUCCUGCAGCACUGCUUUCUGGCCAGGCCAGAGGGGAGGUGCCCUGGAGUCCUGACCAGGGAAGACCUCAUGACAGGGCAGAAGGACAUUGGGAACCUCCCCCAGAGGACAAAAUGGAGCAGUCCUUGGUGGGAGCCACAAGUUUCAUAGGACUGGGACGACCAAAGGAACAACUGAAGAAACUCCAUUUGUGUCCCUUGUGUGGCAAAAAUUUUUCUAAUAACUCAAACCUAAUUAGGCAUCAAAGAAUACACGCAGCAGAAAAACUGUGUAUGGAUAUAGAAUGCAGUGAAGUCUUUGGUGGGCAUCCACAUUUUCUGUCACUGCACAGAGCACACCUUGGAGAGGAUGCUCAUAAGUGCCUUGAAUGUGGAAAAUGCUUUAGUCAAAAUACUCACUUGACUCGUCAUCAACGUACCCACACAGGUGAAAAGCCCUAUCAGUGCAAUGUAUGUGGGAAAAGCUUCUCUUGCAACUCCAACCUCCACAGGCACCAGAGGACACACACUGGAGAGAAGCCCUACAAGUGCCCCGAGUGUGGGGAGAUCUUUGCUCACAGUUCCAACCUGCUUCGGCAUCAGAGGAUCCACACUGGAGAGAGGCCCUAUAGGUGUGGCGAGUGUGGGAAAAGUUUCUCUCGGAGUUCACACCUUGUUAUUCACGAAAGAACCCAUGAGAAAGAGAGACUUGACCCCUUUCCUGAAUGUGGAGAGGGCAUGAAUGACAGUGCCCCCUUUCUUACAAACCAUGGAGCCCACAAAGUGGAGAAGAAGCUGUUUGAAUGUUUAACUUGUGGGAAAAGCUUCCGGCAGGGUAUGCACCUUACCAGACAUCAGAGAACACACACAGGGGAAAAACCAUAUAAAUGUACUCUUUGUGGGGAAAACUUCUCUCAUAGAUCCAACUUAAUCAGGCAUCAGAGAAUUCAUACAGGAGAAAAACCGUAUACUUGUCAUGAGUGUGGAGACAGUUUCUCUCACAGUUCCAACCGGAUUCGUCACCUGAGAACCCAUACAGGAGAGCGACCUUAUAAAUGUUCUGAAUGUGGUGAAAGCUUUUCUCGGAGUUCACGCCUUAUGAGUCAUCAGAGAACUCACACUGGUUAAUUUGUCCCAGUUUAGGUGGCAGAAAGAUAUCUUAUUAAGAGCUUACUUUACCCAUAGGGCUGAAUAAAUGACCUUUGUAUUUUUCCAGGUAAUACAAGAGGAAAUUGCUACUUAUUUCCAGAGAGGUACAGGGGUAAAUGAUAAGCCUAAAAUUAAAAAGGAGUUUAGUCUAUAGUAAGAAUGCCAGUUCUUUGAAGUGACAUGCUCAGGGCAGUUUUGUUUCUAAGUCUAUCCUGUCCCCAGAUGCACCUUCCUUGCUAUAUGAAGUCAAGAUGUGGUUUUGGUACCUUGCUGUAUCCAGUGCUUAUUCUAGCUAUUUUGGGAGUAUAAAUGGUCUUCACGUCAUUCCUCAUUGAGGACAUUCAGGAAACGUGCUUGGACUCCUAAGGCCCCUAAGACCAGAGAAGAGGGGCCAAGUCUCCUGGGAAAGUCAGCUGGAGGUUAACAUGUUGCAGCUCUUGAAAGGCCUUGACUGGGAAGUCAUGGGCUGUACAGGUCAACCACCACAGUACCCAUCUCAGAUUGGUAAGACUGCUCACUGGCAUAUAAGUAAGACUUCUGACAAAAAGGAAUUAAAGACCUAAAGAAAAUUACAAGAUGGAACUUGUACAUGAGCCCAUAAAUUGUCAGGUUAAAUGGGUAUGUGGUUAUAGUCUACUUUUACAGAGACUUAAACCCUUCCACCUUUUUAAAAAAGAUACACAGAGUUCUGGAGUCAGUUUCCUGGGUGGAAGAUAUGAUGAAAGAUGGAUUCCACAGAAAAGAAUGAAAACAGAUCCUAGAGAAAUUAGGAAUUACGACUUUACAUGUUGAAAAUGUUUGGGUAGUAAUAAAUGCCUUCAGAAAACAAA